AUUAGUGUGGGUGCGUUUCGUGUGCGCGCGUCCAUGAAUUUGUGAUUUGAUUUGAAAAAGUGACUUUUCGUGUUUGUGUGUAAUUCUGACGCCGUUUGUGAGUUGUCUGUCAUCUAUCUAAAUUUGGAUUUUAUAACUAAAACUUCUCAAACUGUCGUCUCUGGGCAGGCAGAAUGUUGAAGUUUAUACGCGGCAAGGGCCAGCAGCCCUCUGCUGAGAGGCAGAAGUUGCAGAAUGAACUAUUUGCAUUCCGAAAGACAGUCCAGCAUGGCUUCCCGCACAGAGCGUCAGCACUCGCGUGGGAUCCGCUCCUCAGACUCGCGGCGCUUGGUACCGCCACCGGAGCGCUCAAGGUCUACGGCAGACCAGGCGUCGAACUCUACGGCCAACACACCAAUUACGAAUCGAUAGUCACACAGAUACAUUUCAUCACAGGGACAGGCCGUUUGAUAUCACUAUGCGACGAUAACAGCCUUCACUUGUGGGAGAUCAACGAGAAAUCUCUAGUGGAAUUAAAGUCGCACGUAUUCGAAGGUAAAAAUAAAAAGAUAUCGGCCAUAUGCGUCGAGUCGUCAGCGAAGAACGCUUUACUGGGAACCGAAGGAGGGAACAUUUACUCAUUGGAUUUGAGCGCCUUCACGAUCUCGGAAGAUGUCAUAUACCAGGAUGUCGUUAUGCAGAACUGCCCAGAGGAUUACAAAGUAAACCCAGGCGCGGUGGAGUCUGUAUACGAACACCCUAAGACUCCUACACGUAUUCUGAUCGGAUACAAUCGAGGACUGGCCGUGCUUUGGGACCGAGAGGCUGCGGCUCCCACACAUACAUUUGUUUCGAAUCAACAGCUCGAAAGCUUAUGCUGGAAUGACGAUGGCGAGCACUUCACAUCAUCGCACAACGACGGUUCGUACGUGACGUGGGAGGUGGCCGGCGCCUCCAGCGACCGACCCCUGAAGGAGCCCGUCACGCCCUACGGACCCUACCCUUGUAAGGCCAUCACCAAGAUCCUGAACAGGACUAGCGUCGAUGGAGAGGACAUCACUAUAUUUGCCGGUGGCAUGCCCAGAGCUUCGUACUCCGACAAGUACACGGUUACCGUGCAGCAGGGCGAGAAACAUGUGGCCUUCGACUUCACGAGCCGGGUGAUAGAUUUGUUCACAACGACCCCCGUGCCCCCCGACGGCGCGCCGCUGCAGGAGGAGCAGCCCGACACCCCGGCCCUCGUACAGGUGCAGGCGGUCAACCAGGUCGCCGCCGCUUUGGUGGUCCUGGCGGAAGAGGAGCUGGUAGUGAUAGACCUGUGCGACGCGCGCUGGCGGCCGCUGCGGCUGCCGUACCUGGUGUCGGUGCACGCGUCGGCCGUCACCACGGCGCAGCUGGCCGACGGCGUGGCGCCCGCAGUCUACGACAACAUCGUCGCCGCGGGUCAACAACAAACGGAGAAUCAAUACUCGGAGAGUCCGUGGCCGAUAUCCGGUGGGGUGGUGGAGACGGCGGAGCUGGCCGACAGACAGGUGCUGCUCACGGGGCACGAGGACGGCUCCGUGCGGUUCUGGGACGUGACCGGCGUCGCCAUGACCCCCCUGUACAAGUACACCACCGCGCAGCUGUUCAGCGGCCUCAAACGUUCGACCACAAGUGGUGAAGAACUUGGUGAAAACAACGACAGUCAGACCACAGAUGAAGAAGAGUGGCCUCCCUUCAGACGAGUCGGCACCUUCGACCCGUACAGCGACGACCCCCGGCUUGCGGUCAAAAAGGUUAUCUUGUGCCCGUUAUCUGGAAUGCUCACCAUCGGCGGAGCCGCCGGCCAUAUUGUCAUAGCCAGUCUCAAGACCGCUCCGAGCACCACCGAAGUCAAGUCGGUGUCAGUGAAUAUAGUGUCAGACAGAGACGGCUUCGUGUGGAAGGGACACGGGCAGCUCACGUUGAGGGCCGGCACGCACACCUUCCCACAGGGAUAUCAGGCGACCUCGGUGGUGCAGCUGCAGCCCCCGGCGGCCGUGACGUCACUGAGCGCGCAGUGGGAGUGGGGCGUGGUGUGCGCCGGCACCGCGCACGGGCUGGCGCUGGUGGACGCGCUGGGCCCGGCGCCCGCGCCGCUGCUGCACAAGUGCACGCUCAACCCGCACGAUCACGGAUCCGGUGACACGCCAAUAUCGAGAAGAAAGUCCUUCAAGAAAUCCUUGAGAGAAUCGUUCAGGAGGCUUCGUAAAGGACGUUCACAACGGCGACAGACGACAUCGAACCCCACCUCGCCCACACAACCGAUCCCGAAGAAGCCAAUCGACAAAGCCGCCUCGGAAACCGACGCGGAAAUCAAACCGAUCGAGCGCGCGGUGGAGGCCCGCUCCACGGACGACGCCUACGGCUCGAUGGUGCGCUGCCUGUACUUCGCGAGGACCUUCCUCAUCAAUACCCAGCAAUCGACUCCGACGCUAUGGGCCGGCACGAACAACGGCACCGUGUACGCCUUCACGCUGCACGUGCCCAACACUAACAAACGGAAAGAGGAACCAGUAACGUGUCAACUAGCGAAAGAAAUACAGUUGAAGCACAGGGCCCCGGUCAUAGGGAUCACAGUACUCGACGGCGCCUCCGUACCUCUGCCCGAUCCCCUAGAGGUGGAGCGAGGUGUAUCCCCACUACCGGAGCCGGGUACACAUCGUGUAGUCAUCACGUCGGAAGAACAGUUCAAGAUAUUCACGCUGCCCUCGCUGAAGCCGCACAACAAGUACAAGCUGACCGCGCACGAGGGCGCUCGGGUUCGGCGCACGGCGUGGUCGCAGUUCUCGUGCGGCGCGCACCGGGAGUGGUGCCUGCUGUGCCUCACCAACCUCGGGGACUGCCUCGUGCUCAGCCCCGAGCUGCGCCGCCAGCUCAACGCCGCCGCCGUCAGGAAGGAGGACAUCAAUGGGAUUUCGAGUUUAUGUUUCUCGAAGCGAGGAGAAGCUCUCUACCUGCACUCGUCUUCCGAAUUACAACGGAUUACUUUAUCUGCUACGAAGGUGACGAUCGCGGAGUGCCACGUGCUGCUGGCGCCCUGGGCGGCCGCGCUGCGGGGGCCCGCGCCGGAGCCGCCGCUCACCAACGGGGAGCAUAAGGAAGAGGUGCCGGAGACAGCUCAUGACGUCACGGCGGCCUCGGCGGACAUCACCGUGGACAGCGUGCGCGACCACACCAGCGCGGAGCACCCGCCCGAACUCAACAUCAACUUGCAGAACACGCAAGUGAAUACGAGUUCGAUGGUAAUAAAGACAACGACACGCACAACCGUGAACGAGACCAACGCGGACGGCACCACCACCACCACCACCACGACCAGCACUAACAACGCCAACGAGAACAUCCUAGAGCACAGUCGCGAGGAGGGAGUCAUCACCCGCAUCGAGACGGGAACCGUGACGGUGCCGGCCGGCACAGAUCCGAAGCUGAUCCUCGAGAUGUUUGAUCGACAACGGUCCCCCCUGGCGGUCCCCGUACCGCCCCCCACUGACGCGCACUGACACCCCUCUGUCCCCCCGGUGUCUAUCCACCGACGAGUCACGUGACGUCACCGGCCCCCUACUGAAGCGUGACAACCCCCUAGUUUAACGUUUAAAUUUAAAGGUAUCAUCGAUAGUUGUGUUAUUAAAAUUUUCAUUUUUAUUACUAUAAUUAAUUACUUAGACAGCUAAGUAUACUGCCAUGUUUGGGUACGGAAAAUCUAUUUUUAAUUUCAAUUAUUUCAAAACAGAAUUAGCUACUACUAAACAUUGCAAAAUGCAAGAAAUUGCAUGAUUACAUUUGGGUUUUUUUUUCGAUAUUUUUAGGCUUUUUACUGGUAAUUAAAAUUUAGUCGGUAGUACAUUGUACUUAAUUGUAAUCAAUUCUUCGUCUAAAUAUAUUAUGAAACUUUUAAAUCUGAUAUCUGAAUUAUACUAAAGAUUCUUUAAUGAAUCCAAUAAUGAGCAGACAGUCGAGUACAAUGUUUCUUUUUUUUUUUCAAAUAAGCCCAUUUCUGCUUUUUCAUUUUAUUAAUGAUCAUAAGAAUAAGUAUGAUAGAUUAAAAAUUCACUUCGAAAAAAUUCAACUUAAUAAAAAAAAAUCGAAUAAAACAAUAAUUUGUAGUACAAAAAUCUUAAGCCAUACCAUUGUUGUAUUCAAUACAGCGAUUAGAUUGUGGAUUGUAUUAAAAAAAUAAAUAGUCCUAAGAAACGAGAUGUGAAAUUUUAUUAUUUAGCAUUUUAGUUUAUUUCGAAGCAUUCACUGCGAAUGUUAUUAUGUGCCUAUUUAUUUUCAUUUCUAAUAAAAAUAAGUCCUGUUUUUUAGAAAAAAUAAUUAGCUAUAAGAAAUAAAUACGCAUUGACAAUUUAGUAAUGACUAGAGUUUAUAUAUUGUAUACAAAAAUUUUAAAAAUAGCAUUAAUUACACUGUCAUGCCUGAAAUUUAUUUAAUUUUGAGACAUAUUUAUUCAUAUAAAAUUGUUAUUCUUUAAAGUACAUAGUUUGAAUUGUUUCAUUGUAAAUUCAGAAAUUAGAACGAUUCUAAUAUUUUAACGGUCUUUUUAAGAAAUGCUUCUUUUUAAUAAGAAUAUGUAGGUAUUUAUUAAUUUUAAGUACCCACGCGAUUUUUAUUAGCAUUUUUAGCUUCAAUAAAGAUAAUGAAUGAACUACUAGAAUGAAUUACUUUGCCGGGAAGAAACACUGGAAAACUGAUUCCUAUGAAGGAAGGUUUUCGUUAAGGCAGCUCUUUGAGGAUUAAUAAAUUUAAAAUUAUCAUCACAAUUCGUGAUAUUUAUUAAUGAUUGAUUCAAUAAAACGUUGUUUAUUUAGAUAUAAGUUGUACGUGCCUACAUUUUUUAGUUUUUUGUAUUAAUAAUAUGGUAGUUAGUUAGAAAACAAGUGUCACAUCAUGUUUUCAUUGUUCGCAAGGUUGAUACUAUUAUAUUAUGAAUGUACAAUUUUAGAAUGAUUUAUCUUUGACUAUUGCAUUUUUAAAACUGAUACAAAAUGCUAAUGCCAUUUGUAUCGGGCGUUCUUACAGGAGAUUAAAUGCUAAGAAAAAAA